GUCAGGCUUUACCCGGAGCUUUCCACCUGCUGUGUUAUAAUCUAAUAUCAUAACUAUGUAAUGUCUUCCAUAGAUUUGGUUAAGACUAUGGUGGCAUACAUUUUUUCAUCUAAUUCAGUUUGUAAAGUAUAAAUGUAUUAUAACCACAGGCUGUAUAUAACCAGGACUAAACCAGAUCUUAACCAGAACUUGGUUCAUUCUCCGUGUCGUGGAGGUAAAAAUAGCUCGUGUGUGGUUCAUAGACUGUAUAAAGUAUUUACGGUAUAAAGUCUAUGGUCUGAGAGUAUUUACUGUAUAAAAUAGGCUUCCUGCUGAAUUGGCCCUAAUGAUAACCACCAAAUCGUAAUGAUCCGCUGUUUUGGCCACCGGUCCGUGGCCCUCCACUUGUCACAUAUGUUUCAAUAUGCAUCCGUCUGUGAAAUAAGUUUGGACAGCCCUAGAUAAGGUCUAUGGUCUGUAUUGUGUAUUUACUGUAUACAGUCUAUGGUGUAGAUAAAGUCUAAGGUCUGUAUAAAGACUAUGUUCUGGUGAUUGGGUUUGUGUUACCGUCGAGACCUCAAGCGCUGUGAGGAAACUCUCUCAAAUAUUAGUUUAACUCAGAGGAAUUUCACUUUUGUCACAUUUACACGAACUACACCUGUCCGUCUGCACCUGUCCAUCUGAACUACACCUGUCCAUCUGCACCUGUCCAUCUGAACUGCACCUGUUCAUCUGAGCUGUCGUGUCGUAGCUAUAAAAGAGGACACUGUAGCAGUUCUUCCUCUAGCCUGCAGGCCGCAGCACUACUCAUGGGGAAAGUUGGGUUUAAACAGUGAAGUUGCUCAGCUUCUCCUCCACAGCGCCCCCCAGAGUGUUAUUGACGCAAACACUCCUUAUGCAGAGCUGUGGAUGGGCGCUCACCCCAAAGCCGACUCUGGAAUCCUCUUGGACCAGAUCUCAGACAAAACUUUGGGAGCCUGGAUACAGAAGAACCCCCAGAGUCUUGGCACCAAAGUCCAAGAGAGGUUCAAAGGAAAACUCCCGUUCUUAUUUAAAGUUCUGUCAGUGAGGACCGCCCUGUCCAUCCAGGCCCACCCAGACCGGGAGUUGGCGGUGCGACUCCACACUCAGUUCCCAGAGCAUUAUCCUGACGCGAACCACAAACCGGAGAUGGCCAUCGCCCUCACGCCCUUCACUGGACUUUGUGGCUUCAGACCAGUCUCAGAGAUCCUGGACUUCUUCUCAGGGGUACCGGAGCUCUUGGCAUUGGUGGGUCCAGACUCCGUCCAGGGUCUUAAGUCCUCACUGGGGGACUUGGACCAAACCCGUGCUGCUCUAAAGACCUGCUUCAGCCGAAUGAUGAGGAGCGACUCAGACCUGGUCAAGACCCAGCUCCAAGCUCUAGUCCACAGGCUCUCAGAGGAGGGUAAACCCUCCCCUGUGGACAGUCUUCUGUUAACCCUUUACACUCAGUUCCCCGGGGAUAUCGGCUGUUUCUGUGUCUACUUCCUGAACCUGAUCGAACUUCAGCCAGGAGAAGCCAUGUUCCUUAGAGCCAAUGAGAUCCACGCCUACCUGUACGGAGAUUGCAUAGAGUGCAUGUCAUGCAGUGAUAACACGGUCCGGGCUGGUCUAACCCCAAAGUUUCUGGACGUGGACACUCUUUGUGAGAUGUUGGACUACAGCCCCAGCCCCGCCCAUUCCAAACUCUUCCCCUGUCGCCGUGAUGACCAGGACCCUCACGUGACCCUGUAUGAUCCGCCCAUCGACGACUUCAGUGUCAUCCGCAUUCAGGUUCCUGCUGAGUUGAAGUCGUACACGGUGGCGGCUCUCGACAGCGGCAGCAUUCUGUUAGUCAUCUCCGGCUCUGCCCGCUGCACUUCACACAGUGACAUCACUCUGAAACGGGGCUCUGUGUUCUUCCUCUCUGCCAAUCAGAAUCUUCCUCUCGAGGUGACAUCUUCCCUAGAACUGUUCAGGGCCUGCUGUCUUCUGUAGAGCCAGAUACACUCCUGUGUGUGUCAGAUGCCCUCUGACCCUCCUGUAUUCGUGAGUGUCAGAUGCUCUCCCAUCCUCCUGUAUUCUCGUUCUCUUGUAUCCCUUUGUCAGAUGUCCUAAUCUCCUCCUGUAGGGAAAUGUUACUUUGGAUCAUGUGCAAUCGCGUAGAAACAGAGGUUUUCUUCUGAAAUACUGUAAAAUAAAGACAUUAAAAUACAAAAUAAAGUUGUUUAUAGCUUUAGUGUUUUCCAAAAUAGUUUGUUAAAAUUCACUCACUGCUGCAGUUUUAAAGAUUCCUCCUGAAGCAUAAAACCUUUCCUCCUGUGAUCUUCACCAGACAUCAGUUUUACCUGUCAAUAAAAACGUGUCUGAAAUGAA